AUGGAAAGAGACUUAUGUAGCUGCGGCCGAAUAAUUGUAAUUUUGAAACUUUUAUUUUGCAUUUCAAUAUCGGUGACGUGCAGCCGAAUAAUCGAAGAGUACAAGGACGAGAUGGAAAAAUUAGCCAAUAGACUUAUGUCUAGCAUAUUGGGCUCACUUGGUGUGACCGUGGACGACAUAGAAUGGGGUCAGAAACCAGGGAACUCUGGAUCAAAAGUGGGGCGAGGCGCCAUACGGCUAAACCAUUACCCGGUGUGUCCUGAACCAGAACGAGCCAUGGGUCUAGCCGCUCAUACAGACACCACAAUCCUAACCAUUCUGCACCAGAGCAACACGGGAGGGCUACAAGUGUUCAGGGAAGAGUCCGGCUGGAUUAACGUUGAGCCGAGUCCUGGUAUUCUGGUGGUGAACAUUGGCGAUCUCUUUCACAUCUUAUCGAAUGGGAAAAUACCAAGCGUGGUUUACCGAGCCAACUUUAACCAUACUCGCUCAAGGAUUUCAAUAGCGUAUUUAUGGUGUGGUCCAGCUGGUAAUGAUGUUGAAAUCAAACCUAUACCUAAGAUCAUCGGUCCUGUUGGACAAUCUCUAUACCGAUCAGUUACUUGGAAGGAAUAUCUUCAAAUAAAAUACAAGGUUUUCUGGCAUUGGGAUUUUAAGCAAAGUCUCUCAGGCCGUUGUCAAUGGGGAGUGGACACUACCCCGUGGAAGGAAUCCCCAAGUUCAACUUCUGCGAACCUGUUUACAAGAUCAUCCCCUCCCAUCAAACGCUUCAGGCACUGACCUCUUUCAUUGGAGACUUACCCCAGAGCAGGAACAAGGUACCUUCUCCUCCCAAAAAGUAUGCAACCACCUCCAUCCUCCAGGACCUCCGGUCUCAUGGCAUUCCCAGGUUUGGUUUAAGGAAAAAAUACCGAAAUUGGCUUUUAUGACAUGGUUGACAGCACUAAACAGGCUAACAACAAGGGACCGAUUGCGAAGCUGGAACUUGCAGGUGCCACCAGAUUGCCUUCUUUGCCUUGCGGGGGAGGAGACCAGGGAUCACCUCUUCUUCCAGUGCUCCUUCUCGAAGGUGCUAUGGCUUGACUUCUUUGCUCCUAUCCACACUGCGCAGCAACCUCAGACUUUUACGGCCUACCUGGACUGGAUAAAAUCCCCAACCCCAAACAGGAAGCUAAAUGUCAUUUGUAAAUUGAUCUUUCAAGCCCUCCUCUACUCAAUUUGGUCAGAGCGCAAUGUCAGGCUUCACACUACAACUUUCUCUUCUGUGGAAAGUAUCAAAAAGGAUAUCCAAUUAUUACUAAGGAGACGACUCAUUGGGCUUGACAACUUGGGCAAUGGUUCAGUUAUUCCAACUCCACUAAAUGACACCUACCUACACCAUUGGUUUCAGAAUUUCCAAGUCCAUUGAUAUGGCAUGCUUUCUUGAGAGCUGUAAAAAGGAAGUCUUUUUGAUUUUCCAUCCUUGUGCUAUGAAACUCAACAUGUAAGGCUCUCCUGGACUUUAUUUAAA